AUGGUGUACGAAAGCGAUUUUUACACCACCAGGAGGUACCGUACCUCACCCUCCGUUUCUUCUUAUACAUCUUCGAAAAGGGAGAUUCCGUGGGAAAAGGUGCCGUUCGUUCCAAGACCAAGCCUCGUCCCAGAUCCGAUCACCGCUUUCGGCAAAAGAAAACCCGAUAGACCCGAACCGAAAAGAUCGAUUCUUCACCCCGCUGAGCGCGAAAAGAUUCUUCCCCAAGCCGGGAUUUUGCUCGAACCGCCAAAACCCUACGUUUCAGCUAGGGAUCAGACCAGGGAGAAAGUUUUUGAGUCAAUAAGGCGUCAGGAAAGUCACAGAGAAGAGUCUAUGGAUACCUUGCUGCCUAGGUUGCAUAGGGUUGCUGAAUGCCCCGAUUUGCCAUACAAACGCCGUUUGGUCCAAGGCUCAGACCUGCCCCCAGUCUGGUAAAAUUGUUUUAUGGUAGAGGAUCACAUUCUUAAAGGUGUAUAUUAGGGUGAGCCAAAAAAACUAACCUAUCGGAUUUAUGGGUUAAAAUGAACCUACAUACCGAGCAAAAAAUUUCCCUGCAAGGCAAAAUUUUUUGCUCAAUCUUUUUUCAUUAAAAAGACUAUAACUUUUGAACCGUUUGAGAUAAAAAUUUUUACGUCGCGGAUUCUUGUAGAGCAUAAAAUUUCCCAAAGAAUCUAUACCAGG